AUGACUAAAACUAUACAAAAAAAUCUAGAACCACCUUCACUUUACGGACCGAUUGAAAGUUGUAAUAUCAAAUCAAACUACAAAAAUACCGAAUCGUUUCAACAACUACAACCUCAUUCACAACCAACAACAAUAGCAGAAAAGCAAAUCAAAGAUCCAGAAAGCACGCGAGAAAAUUUUUGGAGAGAUAUGGGCCACGCUAUAAAACUGAUUCAACAACUGUCAACUAAUCAGAGUACACAUACAAAGGCACAAAUUCAUGCAGCUGGUUUUUCUUCUAUUGAAAAUAAUAAUGAUUUGAUACGAUGUUUACAAUGUCAAAUUGAAAUAUCUGGCUUGACUAAAGAGAUGGACCUAUUCAAAGAGCAUAAAAUUCGGAGUCCAGCGUGUCCAUAUGUGAAAAAAAUGACGUUUAACAACGAACCAAUUGAAAUAACAACAGGUAAACCACAAAAACUACAAAAGACAGAAACAAUGACUUGUGUGGGAGAUGCUACAUCAAAACAGAACAUUAAUAAACAAAAAAAUGUUAAUCUCCCAUUAUAUGAAGUUGAAAGUCUUCGUGAAGGUCGUAAACGAUCAUUUUCACAUUGGGUACAUAAAAAUCCGUCACAAUCACAGAUGAUUGAAGCAGGAUUUUUUAAUUGUAAUGUUGGUGACAGAGUUAUUUGUCUGUAUUGUAACAUUAUCUGUCAACAAUGGAUACCAUACAAAGAUGAUCCAAUUGAAAUACACAAAAGUUUAUCUCCAAACUGUCCAUAUGUAAAAUUAAUUCAAAUAAAAAACGCCUCAAUGAACAGUAUUUGUAUUCUAAAUGGAACGGACAGUCAAUCAUCACAAACCACAUCCGUUAAUAGUAACAAUAGUAACACAGCUAAUGGGGCUAGUUCUAGAAUUCGAUCAAAUGAAAUUGUGUUGACAGCGGCUUGUAAUCAACAAUAUAUAGAAUUACCUAAACGUUCGACAUCAUUUACUACAUGGCCUACUGAUCCUUUACCAUCAGUCGAUGAUUUAGUAAAAGCAGGCUUCUUCUAUACUGGAACAAAAACAAUAGUAACAUGUUUUUAUUGUAAUGGUUCACUUCAAAACUGGGGACCAAAAGAUAAUCCAACGAUUGAACAUGCACGAUGGUUUCCUCAGUGUUCAUAUGCUAGACAACUAUGCGGCGAUGAUUUAUAUCGAAAAAUUCAAGAAUCAAAACAAGCUGCUCAAGAACGAUCAAGAUUGAAUGAACAACAGCAAACAAAAGGUUUUUCGAUAUCGAAUAUUAAUGAAACAUCAAAUAAUACUAGUCUAACAAAUAACGGAACUCAAUCGAAUAGUAGAAAAUUACAAAUUCCAGAUGAAGCUACAUUGUCAAGAUUAGUUGCUGCUCGACUAGAUUUACCUAGUGCAAAAAGUUUAUUAAAUAAAGGUAUUAAAUUAUCAAUCAUAAAACGUUGUUUGGAAGAUCAAUUACGCUUAAAACAUGAUGAUUUUAUUUGUGAUUCUGAUUUACUGUUAGCCUGCACCAUACUUCAAAAACAAAUUGAGUAUAUUGAUGGGAAAAAGGAAAAUAUUAUUGUACCAAGUGUACAUACGAAAAAAGUAGCAGAACAAGCAGAAAAAGAACGAGCAGGUAAAGAAACUCUUGAACAAAAUAUAUCUUCUCCUAAUUCGACAGAAUUUUCACCUCUACCAAUGACAUUGUCUUCAUCUUCGUCUAUGAGUGAAGAUGCUGAUAUGACGACAUCAUUAAGUAGCGAAUCACCAAUGUCCAGUUCUCCAACAUCUUCUAUUGAUUCAAAUCCCCUUGUAAAAUCAACUGAUGAAAAAUCAAAAUCAAAAGCAGAUUCUCCAAUAGAAGUGUCCAAUCCUUGUGUACUCUGUCUAACCGAUGAAAAACGAUUAGCUUGUAUACCAUGUGGACAUUUAGCAACAUGUGUGCCUUGUGGACACUCACUGCGAACAUGUCCAAUUUGUAGAAAACAGAUCGAAGCAUUCGUUCGUAUAUAUAUUUAA